CAGAGCUGAAAAGCAGAUUACAGCCGCCGUGCAGCAGCAGCAGUAGCCCCUUUAAGGAGCACAAUGACCUGUGUGUGGGAGGAGGGGCCGUAUCCUGAGAAUCAGGUGCAUGUCUGAGGGGAUGAUGUCAUCUUUCUAACGAGACCUGCCCAGGAGGGAAGAGACGGCACAGACGGAUGCAGAGCGAGAGAUUUCCCUAAUUGCAGCACUCCAGAUGGGGGGAUUAGACGGAGCCGUUCCGGACUGCGUGCAGUGUCGGACAUCUUAAGGAUGCUCUUUUAAAAGCAGAAAACCUUGUUUUGUUAGUUUACCCGGAAGCGUCUUGCACUGAUCGACACCAAGCCUGUGCAUAGAAGGGGAUGUAUGUACAAACAGUAAUCGUUAAAAUCAUGGAGUACCUUCAAGACCAAGUUACACUCGAACAGCCGUCAAAUUCAGUGAAGUGAACACUGUUUCGAAUUUGCUUUCAGACAUCAAGGAUAAGGAAGUGACAUUAUCUGUUACAGUUACCUAUUGUUUAGUGAGAAUAUUUAUUGGUCCCUCCCUAACGAUCUUAAAUAUUAUUUAAUUGCAUCUGUUAAAACUAGAGUUCUUAGUCUUCCUCGUCACCGCUUUCCCCACCCCCCUGACAACGUCUUCUCCAAAGGCUGUGAGUUUACUGUGGGAGGUCAGAUUUGCCAGACUUGGCAGCACACCACAAAACAAUGCAGCUCAGUAAUUAAGUGACGCAACACCUUGCAUUUCUCCUUCUCGCAUAUAAACUCCUUGUCUGCCUGGGAUUUCCAGUUAUAAAGGAAAGAAGCCAGGAUGAGCACGGCUGUCUAAAAACACGUUUAUUAGGAGUGUCUUGGAAUAGGAAUAAACCGAACGAUUCUUGUAGUUUCAUGCUACAACCUGCUGUUGCUGUCUCUGCUACUUCUCACAUGACUGAGUGCCACCCCCCCCCACCCCCCCUGUGAAGUGUUGCUGCUGUGUGGGUCGGAGUUUCUUCCAGUUUUUUUAAGUUUACUUUUAAGUUAUUUUUCUUCACUUCUUCUAUGUUCCUGCCUUGCCUCACCCUGUUGAGAAAUCUGGAGGGGAUUAAGACACAUCUUUGUGCUGGACAUCUGUAAACACAUUCUCUGGACCGCUAAUAAAUCUGCAGUAUUUUAAUUCUUGUUGCUGAAACUCCCCCAAGGAUUUUCUUAUUAAGUGAUUUACUUGGAACACGUUUACCCUCCUUUUCAUCCAAGUAUUUCAACUCCUGCAUCAGCAUCACUUCUACACUUUGCUCCUUUCUUACGGGCAAAGCCGCAGGAAAUAUUUCUGUAUUUAUUUGUUCAUGUCGUUUGUUUUAAACUUUUGAGUUUUACAAAGGAUCUUUGGAUUUAGUAUCACUUGAAUCGUGUGGUUACAAUCUGUGUAUUGUAUUUAUUCACGUUUAUUUUUGCACUGCCCUCAAUGAUGUCCUGGAAGAGAAAUUAUUUUUCUACGGGUCGAGGAGGUGUUAAUGAGAUGUUUACGCCACGCAAUUCCAUAUCCAUUGCUCCAAGCAAAGGCCUGAGUAAUGAGCCCGGACAGAACAGCUGCUUCCUCAACAGUGCACUACAGGUUCUGUGGCAUCUCGAUAUUUUUCGCCGGAGCUUCCGACAACUAACCACGCACAAAUGUAUGGGUGACUCCUGCAUAUUUUGUGCACUAAAGGGGAUUUUCAAUCAGUUUCAAUGUAGCAGUGAGAAAGUUCUACCAUCUGAUGCGCUCCGCAGUGCCCUUGCCAAGACGUUUCAAGAUGAACAGCGUUUCCAGCUAGGCAUCAUGGACGAUGCAGCAGAAUGUUUUGAAAAUCUUUUAAUCCGCCUCCACAUUCACAUCGCAGAUGAGUCCAAAGAAGAUAUCUGCACUGCUCAGCACUGUAUUUCUCAUCAGAAGUUUGCAAUGACCUUGUUUGAACAGUGUGUUUGUACCAGCUGUGGGGCCACAUCAGACCCUCUACCUUUUAUUCAGAUGGUGCAUUAUAUAUCAACUACUGCCCUCUGCAACCAGGCAAUAUGUAUGUUGGAAAGACGAGAAAAGCCGACCCCUGAUAUGUUUGGGGAAUUGCUGCAAAAGGCUAGUACGAUGGGAGACCUGAGAAACUGUCCAAGCAAUUGUGGUGAGAAAAUCCGAAUCCGCCGAGUUCUAAUGAACGCGCCCCAGAUAAUCACCAUAGGACUGGUGUGGGACUCUGAUCAUUCAGACCUGGCUGAGGAUGUCAUUCACAGUCUUGGAACAUGCCUGAAGCUUGGGGAUUUAUUUUAUAGGGUUACAGAUGACCGAGCAAAGUAUUCUGAACUUUAUCUGGUGGGAAUGAUCUGUUACUAUGGCAAGCAUUACUCCACCUUCUUCUUUCAAACCAAAAUACGCAAGUGGAUGUAUUUUGAUGAUGCCCAUGUAAAAGAGAUUGGUCCAAAAUGGAAAGACGUAGUAACAAAGUGUAUAAAGGGCCACUAUCAGCCAUUGCUCCUCCUGUAUGCUGAUCCCAGAGGUACCCCAGUGUCUGUACCAGAUGUCCUGUCUCAGAUGGACAUUCGGCAGUACAGCAGAACUUGCUAUGAUAGUGAGGACUCUGGCAGGGAGCCGUCUAUCUCCAGUGACACCAGGACAGACUCCUCCACAGACAGCUAUCACUACAAACAUUCACAUCAUGAAUCUGUGGUCAGUCACUUCUCCUCUGACUCACAAGGCACUGUCAUCUACAACCUGGAAAACGACGCAGCAUCACAGAGCAGUAGAGAUACAGGACACCUGACCGAUAGUGAGUGUAGUCAGCGACACUUUACCAGGAAGGGUCCCUUAACUGACCGGAAGCGAAGUUCCAGUCGUCCUCGGAGAAAAGGAGACGAAUCUCAAUCUUCAGGUUAUCAUAGUGAAGGGGAAACGUUAAAGGAGAAGCAAGCUCCAAGAGCCGGUCUGAAGCUGUCCAGCAGCUCCAGCAGAUUGAGAGACUUUAAAGCGACUGUUAGCAAUAUGAUUCAUAGCAGACCAUCGCAGGCGUCACAAACCACGCAAAGCUUACAUCACGUUGGAAGUGCCGUAGAGCAAGCAGAGAUCAAACCACCUUCUAGCUUAGCCGUACGACCCAGGGACUGGGAGAUGGAAAAUGGAAACGAUGCAAAAUCUGGGGUAUCUAAUAGGUAUCGGCCGACCUGGCGGCCUACACGUGAGCCAUUAAAUGUUGAUAGCAUCUUCAGAACAGAAAAGCGGAAAAACACAGGAUAUAGUCCACUUAGUCCCUUCUCAGAAGACUCUGGGAAGGAACUGUCUGUCAGUGAGCUGCGAGAAAAUCCCACCCCUGAUACAAAGGAGAAGCAUCCUUGUGUGAAAUACAGGAGCUGGGGUGUGGGGCGAGGCGCUCCGCACAUGGUGGAUCACCAGCAGCCUCGGCUUAUUCAGAGAAUGGAGUCUGGCUAUGAAAGUAGUGAACGGAACAGUAACAGCCCGAUCAGCAUGGAUUUACCUUUAUCAGAAAAUUGCAGUGCUUUUCGGGAAUAUCACUCAAGGAAAAGUCCUGGUACAGCUCCAGCUCCUACCUGGCGAAACAUCCCAAAGUCUCAGAGCAGCAGUGCAUUAGAUAUGGCAGACUGUGCAUCCAGCGUUUGGGUUAAGGUCCAUCCCACGCAUGUUGCAACAGAGGGACCUUUGCCUAUGAAGAGUGAACUGGACGAACUUCAAGAGGAAGUGGCCAGAAGGGCCAGGGAGCAGGAGCUGCGCUGGAAACGAGAGAAGGAAAUUGAGGUUGCAAUGGGAUUUAACCCACGACCUCGGCGGUUUUUAGAUUUGGAUGAGUUACAGAACCAGGGGAGAAGCGACAGCUUUGAGCGGUCCGUGCAGGAGGCAGACUCCGUCUUUGAGCAGUCCCUGCGGCUGGAGCAGAAGGGAGAUUACACUACAGCUUUGGCACUGUGUAAUGAAGCAAUUUCUAAAUUCAGACUUGCCAUGCAUGAUGCCAGAUCUAGUACACACUGCAGAGCCCUAGCAGAUAAGAAGUUGCAAAUGUGUUUACGAAAAGCACGGAGUCUCCAGGACCGCAUGCUGCUGCCGACAAUUCCUCAACCGCUGCCACCAGCUUACCCCUCUCCACAGGGGGGAGCUAUAAACCAAUCUACAAGUGACCAGACUAUCUCGGACAAAGUUCCAAUGAACCGUCAGGUAAUGCCGGAGACUACCACAAAGGAGGACUUCGCAUCCACUCCAUUAACUCACCCGUUCGCUUCUAGCCAUGAGUUGCUUCCAUCAUCCGCUGAGUCUUCCAGCUUGUCAGCUUCUGAGCAUAGCCCAUGUAGCAAAACAUUUUCACACUACCGUGCUCCUACAGAUCCCGAUUCCCCAGACAGUGCCUCAACAUCGGCACAUAGCACAGUUGAUAAAACGGUAAGAGUGGAUGAUUAUAGCCAAGAUCUACAAAACAAAAGGCUAAAGAGCGAGAGGAAUAGUGAUGGAAGUCCUGAAAACGGUAUGGUGGCUGAGGAACACCAAGCUAAAGAUGGUCCCCUAACUCUACGGAAGAUGAAGCUCAAUGGUAUUAAAUCUGGUUCUUUGCCAUCAUUACUAUUCCCCUGGGCACGUCGAACACAAGCUCCGUCUCCAGACAGAAGCAACCCACCGAGUCAUUGUAACAAAUCUGUCAGUACAGAAAUUCAUACAAGUGAAGACCAGGUUGGUUCAUGCUUUGUUGCACCAGUUUCUCCAGCUGGCACAAAAGUUUUUAACCUUCAACCAGGCAAUGUGUCCUCAAGAACAAACAGCGAGGCAACUUUGUUAGAUAAACAGUGUGAGUCGAAUAUCACCGAGAUCAGCAAAUCAGAAGCACCAAAAAGCAAGGGGCUAGUGCGCUCUCUGGCACAGCAAUUCCAAAGGCUACAGGGGGGCUCACCAAAGAGAAGCAGUUUUGGUGUGAAUUUUACUGGAAUAGACAGUGCUGAGCAGAAGUCUUCACCAAUACAGAAUUCUUUAAAUAUUUUGGAUACAGAGUCCAGUCCGCAGCCUCUUGUCACUCAAGAGAAUAAAUCAGUUAGCACAGAUCAAGCAAGUACUUCUCCAGACUCGGAGGAUGGGUCUUGUACUAUAAAUGGGUCCAGUAUGCACUAUCUCAACAACCAAAACAUGGUGUCAGUUAAGGAAGUGUUACCAGGAGAUAUUGAUGACAAUGCUAAUUGCAAAAAGUUGUACUACAAAGCAGAGAAGAAGGUGAAAUUUGGAAGCACAGUUCAUUUGCCUGCCUCUGCACCCACGAACCAGUGGGUUGAUAGUGUCAGCAGAUAUUAUAAUAACUCCAAUGUGGAUGAUACGAAUGUGGAACACCAUGCUCGUCAAAGUUUCUCACCCAAUCGAAAGCCUGUAAGGUACGGUUUAUCAAAGAGCUCCCUUGAUUUACGUCAGGAUUGGAAGCAGGAUUCAGAGCAAGACGGUACAGAUUUGGAUGCCUUGUAUAAUACUAGCCUGCAGUCAUGUCCAGGCAACAGGAAUGUGCAGUGGAGAUCUGAGAUUGCCAGACAGACAUUUGGAAAACCAGUCUCAUCAGUUUUGGACAACACAUCAGCAAGAAAGAUUCAGUAUGCCGUUGGCCGAGGUCUUUCAAGGACUCCAACAGCCGAGCUAGAGCGUAGUCUCUGUGGAAGUACACAUUCACCUGUGUCUAAGGUCGCUCAUGGCAGGGACCAAAGCAGGGAACCAGAGGACGACGAGCUGUACAGUGCAGAGAAUUUUCGGCGGCUGGCACGGAGCCUCAGUGGGACUGUCAUCUCUAGCAGAGGAGAGACCCUGGUCUCUUCUCACAGUUUUGAGGCAUCCAAUGAGAGGAAACCGCUUGUGGACAGCAGUCAUCGCUCUCACAGCUCCUCCUCCUACCCUUAUACCCACAAUCCUUCUGUCUUAUCCUAUGAACCCCAGCACUACCCAACCCAGAUGCAGCACCCAUCUCAUGAGGUACUGGCGCCCAGCAUGGUGGGUGAGGCACACAGGCCACCAGGAGACCCAAAUGUCCAAAAGUUUUUGGCUUUGCCUGACAGGAGUGAAAGUGUCCGAGGUAGCGAAUUCUCAGAUGUGGCACUGAGCUAUGCAAGUCUCCCAAGAACACCUAAGAUCCAUUCCAACGUAUACUCUACUACACUGCAAAGGUCUCCGGGUCACACGUGGCAACAACCAGGAGCUGCAGAACAAAGUAGUCUGAGCUACCACCAGCGGUCCGGUCGCACAGUGCAGACAAAUGUACCUGACCAAAACAUGGUCAAUUCUAGCUUCUUGGGCUCAUCUGCCAGAAGACUGCCCAAUGGAAUCUUUCAGCAGACAUCAGGCUAUGGAGGUUAUGAUUCCCCAGCAAUGAACCGCAGGCCACCACCUCCUCUACCAACUUCAGAGUACUGUACCUUAAGAAUGCCACGUAGUACUUCCAUGGGUAAAGGAGACACAUGGGGAAACGUUUUUGCUCCACAGCCAAGGAUUCAGGGUCCAAAGAGAGUAGACAUGCCACCAGAGCAAGACUGGAGACAUAAUAGUUUUGCCCCGCAAAUGGGUGGUUGGAGGCAGCCUCCACCAUACUCCCCACAUCGGACACUUUCAUCUGCCUCUGACAUCUAUGGUACAGCCAGCUGGAGGGGUACUUCUGCCAUGCCUAGAAAUGGGAGGUAAAUUUAUUUUUAUAGCCACCCAGGAAACCUAUGAAAAGGUUUUUGCGAAACCUGCCAGAUUUGCAUUUUACACCUUUUGAUCCAAGCCCUGUAACACAAAGAAUAUUUGUUUGUAGAGUGAUCGCCAGUGUUGUCUUAACACCUUCAAGCCUGUGGAAAGUCCCUUUGUGCUAGAUUUGUGAGCAAGAUUUAGAAUUCAAAUUAUUAUUUACCAUUGCCCAACUGGUGCAGGAAGGCUUUACAGCAAACUAACAUCAGAACUAGCAGAUCAUUUUCCCGAAGUGUGCGCUCAGCCAGCUCACUGCUCCUUCAGGUGUGUGAAUUUCUGACAAACCAUUCUUCCACUCAACACACAGUGACAACAAUUGAAGAUUUUCUACUUUGUCAGUAUGGUGCUCAUCCAGCAAUAAUCUGCUUAUUAGAGAGUUAAUGUGUACAGGGUGUUCAUCAAAUACUCUAUAAAGGAGAAAUCAAGUACACACAACUCUAGGUUUGUUUUUUUGUAAACCAUUACCUUUGCUCUUUCAGACCCUGCUUCAGUUAGCAAUAGUUAUAUAUUGCAGUGGUGAUAAUUAGAGUAAAAAUAUAACUGUUUGCAGAUUUGUGUAGAUUCCCUUUUGGUGUCUAUGCGACCAAAGGACAAUAUCUGUUUCCGUUACCCACACACUGCAAUCCAACAGGGUGUACAGUAUUUUCUGUCCUCCUUCGACUGUACCUUAAUAGCUUUUCCUGCCAGAAGAGACCAGGAAUUCCCACCGGCAGUGAGGUGUCUAUUCUUAUGCAGACCAUGCACUUGCGGAUCUCGUUACAAUAAACCAGCGUACAGUCAAGGGACUUAAAAGUGUUAGUUAAAAAAACAAACUCCGCAUUAACCGUGCAGUUAGUUAAGCACAAAUCUUGACUACUGUAAGGAGGGUGGGAGAGGAGGGGGUGGCAGUGCCACAGGUGUUUAAGAUUAGGCUUGCCCACUCCUUUGUUCUUACCUCCAGUAAUUGUAGCAAGCUUAUAACGGAUGACUGUUACCUCUGCAUGCUUAAACCCACUGACGUUAACAGCUUAGAGUAAAAAUUAAAUAUUUUAGUGUCAAAACAUUUGCUUUUGUAAGUAUUUUUCAAAUAAAUAUAUAAAAUAGUUCUAUUAAA